AAGGUGACUGUUCCCGUUUGCCUUUUUCACUCUAUUAGUUUAGAUGGCACUUCAUUAAAACAUUAUAUGCUGUUUCAAAUCUUACACUGAACAUACUUAUCAGAGAAUUUCUGUUAAGUGAAUAAUCCUUCCUUAAUCCUUAUGCUGUCGAGUUCAUAACACUCCGAUGUAAUUAUGUCUUUUAUGAAAGUAAAUUAAUGUGAGGAAGUUAGAACUAUAACAGCGAGAUUAAUGGUGGACGUCUGAGGAACUAUUGCUUAAUAAAAUUUAAACACCACUUGUCUUGGCUUCAAAGUUUAAAGAGAAGAACAUGUAGGCACAGGAAUUUGAUUAUUAAGUGUCUGCCCAAUUCAGCUGCAGAAUAUUGUUGGGAAACAGUAUUAGAAUAUGAUUUAGUCAACCUGUGGGGACUUGAAAGGGCUGCAUGGGAGGGUUUUGUGUUCAUGAUGCUCCAUCUUUUUGCACCGUGCAACUUAUAGAAUCUGCCAGCGAUGGAGAAUUGAAAGGUGGAGGAAAAUGCCGUCGUUUGAGCGUGAGAUUGAAUUGGCUGAAGGCUGGGGAGCUGAGAUUUGUGUGAGAAAGGAAUUUGUGUGUUCUCGGUGGACGGCAAAGCUCCGAGUCCCGGCUGCUCUGCAGCGCUCUUGCUUCUGUGUGACAGGGAUCUCAGGACUUGAGCUUCAGGCGGUGUUACAAAGAGCAUCAUUGCCUUGGUUAAGAAAGCCUCCUGUCCCUGAAGGUAUUUUGGUGUUGCAAGAUGAAGCAAAUAGAAAUGCAGAAACCUGGGGAGCUGGUGUCCCGCGAGCAGCUCCGCUCUCUGCGGAGGAAACCAGGGAGACCCUUGUUUCUGUGUAACGUUCGUCGGGGGGAGAGAACCGGACCUUUUCGUGAUGGCGUAAUGCUUUUGUACAAGAGCACGACGUUUUAAAGAACAGGUAGCUUGAGAUCUUUUAAGAUCCCUUGAGUAAAUUACAUCAAACCAAUUUUGCAAAUUCUUCCUGGAUGAAAAUGAUUUUAAGCUAUUUUAGUAGCAUGUUUUAGAAAUGGAUUUAAAACAUGAUUUUAAAUGAGCUUUAUUGCAACUGCUGAUGUUAGAAAUCUCCUCCUUAACUCGGCUUCUAAAAUCCGGUUGCUGGUGUGAACUUUUACCUUUGUCAAAGCGCAGCCCAGGCUUCCGUGUGCUGAAUCUCGCGUGUGCCGAGCGACGUACCCGUUUCCCAUCCAACCUUGUUUAACCGGGCAUUACACUUAGCGAGCCUCUUCAGUUCUAAGGGAUCCGCAGGUCCUUUUUCAGCGUUCGUGUUGGUCGCUGUCCUUUGGCCCGUCAUCGUGCUGUGGUGGUUUCUCAGGUAGCAGACACAGCUGGUUGUGCUUGGGCAGCCCGGUGCAGGUCGGAGGGAUGAGAUAAAAUGAUGAGCAGGAGGUAGCACCUUCUUCAUCGCUUGACCGAGGCACUGGAAUUAACAACGUGCUCUUAAUAAAGUCCUGUGAAGUUUUUCUUGGCUGUGGGUGAUGAUUUGCGCUCCGAGCAGCAGCAAGUCCAGGCGCAUUGUGCUUUCCGGGGCUUUCUGCGCGCUUGGCAGCCGGGGAGGGAGAAGCGCCGGCAGCAAAGUGCGAGCGCUCGUCAAACGUUAACCUGACCUGGGCCGCCUUGCCUUUAGUUGAUUUAUUGGUUUUAAAGCUCUCCCACCCAAAGGUGUUCACGUCCAGCUCUUACGGUAUUGAUGGUCUCCCUGUUGAAUGUGCAGAAGGAGCCCCUGAUGUGAAGGGUGGGAGAGAAACGUUUAUAUUUUUAUUGUAGAAAUGAGAAACGUUUAUGUUGAUGUUAUAGAAAUGAGAAACGUUUACAUUUGUGUUAAUGGUGACUCACUGGUUUGUAUUUCUAUUGAAUUACUGGUCCGACUAUGGUGGUAGCUCUGUGCUGGAGCUGGGCAGGAGUUCGUUGGCAUCCAGGUCUCUGGAGGAGGUGCCGGCCCCAGCGCGCUCGUGUUCACGGUGCAGCCCAGCGUGAGUCCGUGGCUGCCGAGCUGGAUCAGAGCAAUCCUGCCUGUCUAACCAAGCUCUUCCCUGCAGCCUCCGCAAACCACCCCCGGCCCAGAGCUGCGCGGGACCCGCCGGGAGAAACACAAACCAGAAUAAACACCGUCGCCUUUCCAAAAGCAACAUGAACCGUGAAGACCGGAAUGUGCUGCGUAUGAAAGAAAGGGAAAGGCGAAAUCAAGAAAUUCAGCAGGGUGAAGAAGCCUUUCCGCCUAACUCUCCUCUCUUUGCUGAGCCGUACAAAGUUACCAGCAAGGAGGACAAAUUGUCUAGUCGUAUUCAGAGCAUGCUCGGUAACUAUGAUGAAAUGAAGGAUCUUAUAGGAGACAGAUCGCUACAAAAGCUUGUUGGAAUUCCCAAACCAACCGUACCCUCAACACCAGAUGAAAAAUCGAACCAAAGUUUCUUUGGUGAUCAGAGACACAGCGCUGGCUCCCACCAGAGCAGCAAAUGGACCCCGGUGGGGCCGGCGCCCAGCACGUCCUCGCAGUCGCAGAAGCGCUCGUCGGGUCUGCAGGGCGGGCACGGCGCCCAGCGCGGCGGCGCCGGGAACGCCGGCGGCCAGCGGCACGACCGCGACGCCUACGGCGGCGGCGGCAGCCGCAAAAAAAGCCAGCAUGGGUCCGAACACUCCAAACCCCGUUCUUCCAGCCCCGGAAAACCCUCUGCUGUGUCUUCGCUGAGCUCCAGCCAUUCGAGAUCCCACGGCAAUGAUCACCACGGCAAAGAACACCAACGUUCCAAAUCCCCCCGCGAUCCUGACGCCAACUGGGACUCUCCCUCCCGUGUACCCUCGUUUUCAAGCGGACAACACUCUACUCAGUCUUUCCCACCCUCGCUAAUGUCCAAGUCCAGUUCGAUGUUACAGAAACCCACGGCGUACGUGAGGCCGAUGGACGGGCAGGAGUCCAUGGAACCAAAGGUACCCGAACACUACAGCGGCCAGACGCACAGCGGCAGCGGCAGCGACCUGAAGCCCAGCAGCAAAGCACAUCUCACCAAGCUGAAAAUACCCUCCCAGCCACUAGAUGCAUCAGCAUCUGGCGAUGUGAGCUGUGUGGACGAGAUCCUCAAAGAGAUGACCCAUUCUUGGCCUCCGCCGCUGACCGCGAUCCACACGCCCUGCAAAACCGAACCGUCAAAGUUUCCUUUUCCAACAAAGGAGUCUCAACAGUCCAGUUUUGGCACUGGAGAGCAGAAACGGUAUAAUCCUUCAUCAAAAACAUCCAAUGGCCAUCAGUCCAAAGCAUGCGAAUCGAACCAGACAGAUAUGUUGAAAGAUGACUUAAAACUCAGCAGUAGCGAAGACAGCGAUGGCGAGCAGGACUGCGAUAAGACGGUGCCGCGGAGCACGCCCGGCAGUAAUUCUGAACCUUCACAACAUAACAGCGAAGGAGCCGAUAAUUCAAGGGAUGACUCGAGCAGCCACAGCGGCUCUGAAAGCAGCUCAGGAUCUGACUCUGAGAGCGAAAGCAGUUCCAGUGACAGCGAAGCUAAUGAACCGUCCCAGAGCGCAUCCCCCGAGCCAGAGCCACCGCCAACAAACAAAUGGCAACUGGAUAACUGGUUGAACAAAGUUAACUCACAUAAAGUGUCACCAGCCUCUUCCGUGGACAGCAAUAUCCCGUCCUCCCAAGGCUACAAGAAAGAGGGCCGGGAUCAGGGGCCGGGGAGCGGGUACGCCGAUCAGAGCGGGUCCAAGGAUUUGAUCUCUUCUACGCCGGGGCGAGAUUCCAAACCCACCCAGAAGGGCUCGGAGAGCAGUCGCGGGAGGCAGAAGUCGCCUGCCCAGAGCGACAGCUCCACGCAGAGGAGGACUGUGGGUAAAAAGCAGCCCAAGAAGGUGGAAAAGACGUCGGUUGAAGAGCCAAGAGGCGGUCUUAAAAUAGAAAGUGAAACCCCAGUAGACAUGGCAACAAAUAUACCCUCAAACAGGCAUAAGGCGGCCACAAAAGGCUCCAGGAAACCUAAUAUUAAGAAAGAGCCCAAAUCUUCCCCUCGGCCUACAACGGAGAAAAAGAAAUACAAGGCUUCAAGCAAAUCUGCCCAGAAAUCCAGGGAAUUCAUAGAAACAGAUACCUCAUCCUCUGACUCAGAUGAAAAUGAGAGCCUGCCUCCCUCAUCACAAACACCCAAAUACUCUGAGAGCAAUAGGACUCCUGUUAAAUCUUCCAUGGAGGAGGAUGACAGCUUUUUUCGGCAAAGAAUGUUCUCUCCUAUGGAAGAGAAAGAGCUGCUGUCACCACUCAGUGAUCCUGAUGAAAGGUACCCACUUAUUGUGAAGAUUGACCUGAGCCUCUUAUCACGAAUACCAGGGAAGCCUUACAAGGAUGCUGACGCACCCAAAGCGGAAAAGAAAACGGUGCCGGAGAAGCACGUGAGAGAAUCCCAGAAGCAGACGUCUGACAAGAGCUCUACAAAAGGCAAAAGGAAACAUAAGCAGAAUGAGGAUGAAAGCAGAGCCAGUGAAAGCAAGAAGACGAAACUGGAAGAAAAAGCUCCAUCAGGACACAAGACUUCGAGCAGCAGGGAGUCUUCAAAGCCCAGCGCUGUUAAAGAGAAGGACUUGCUGCCGUCGCCCGCCGCCGCAGCCCUGCAGAAGGACCCCAAGCAGGACCACGGCUCUCGGAAGAGGACGGUCAGCCAGUCCUCGGCGCUCAAGUCCAGCAGCGCCCUGGGCAAGGAGAGCGGCAGCAAGAGCAGCUCGUCCAAGCAGAAGAAGACGGAGGGAAAGGGCCCCGGCAGCGCCAAGGACGCCAAGGAAAAGAUUCUGAACAAUUCAUCGAGCUGCCCUCCUGCUCAGUCUACGGAAAGUUCCAAGUCAAGAAGAGCAAAACUUGUCUUUGAUGACAGGACUUACUCAGCUGAUCAUUAUUUACAAGAAGCAAAGAAGUUAAAACAUAAUGCAGAUGCAUUGUCCGACAGGUUUGAGAAGGCCGUGUACUACCUGGACGCUGUCGUGUCCUUCAUCGAGUGUGGGAAUGCAUUGGAGAAAAACGCUCAGGAAUCCAAGUCCCCGUUCCCUAUGUAUUCAGAAACUGUGGAAUUAAUCAAAUACACUAUGAAACUGAAGAAUUACUUGGCACCGGAUGCUACGGCUGCAGAUAAAAGGCUGGCAGUGCUUUGUCUCCGGUGCCAAUCUCUGCUGUACCUACGGCUUUUCAAACUGAAAAAGGAAAGUGCAUUGAAAUAUUCUAAAACUCUGACCGAACAUCUGAAGAAUUCCUAUAAUAAUUCUCAAGCACCAUCACCUGGUAUGGGAAGCAAGCCCGUGGGUAUGCCGUCUCCAGUCUCUCCAAAGCUGUCUCCAGGGAAUUCAGGAAAUUACUCUUCUGGGGCAGCCAACCCUUCAGGGAGCGGGUCCUCGGUGACGAUCCCGCAGAGGAUCCAUCAGAUGGCAGCCAGCUACGUCCAGGUCACCUCCAACUUCCUCUAUGCCACUGAAAUUUGGGACCAAGCCGAGCAGCUGUCUAAAGAACAGAAAGAGUUCUUUGCUGAACUGGAUAAAGUGAUGGGCCCUCUGAUUUUUAAUUCGAGCAUCAUGACAGACCUGGUGCGUUACACCCGUCAGGGGCUACACUGGUUGCGCCUGGAUGCCAAGUGAUAUUUGGAACUGAAGGAACGGCAAACGGAACACGUUUCUCUCGCUGCCUCUGAUCGAUCUCCACAACACUGUGUCGUGUCAAUAAGGAAGACUGCCAUAACACAUCGUCCGGGACACUACGAGCAAGGAACGCGGCCACGUCUCCCGCCCUCAUUCGUGGUUUGUGUUUUAACCCCUAAGCGUCUGGUCAAUGGACUUCUUCAGUAUUCCCGUUUUUUUAAGUUAUUUAAAUAUUUUAAAAUUUGCUACACUUAAAGGUGUGGUUUUGCUGAUCUAUCAUGGAUAGACCAUUGGAAUUCCAGUCAUAAUACAGAAAUAGUCAGUUUAAAUCCUAUUUAUUUUAAUUAUUUUAAUUUUAAUUUUGAAAAGCCCAGUUUGGGGCAGUUUUUAGCUAUUUCUUCCCUAAAUUUACCCUUUUGAGUACUUAGCGAAAAUUAAACAUAGACACUUUAUUGAAGUACCUUGUGAGCUUUGUUACUCUGUGAUGUCUUGUGGUGGUAGAGCCUGUAAAAGGAAGUAGGGUUGGUAGGUUCUAACCGUAGGGACACCAUACUUUCCAUGCCUAAUGCCUAUGAGUCGACUAAUAAAUGACAACUACAGAUUUAUUAUUGCAGAAUUUGUACUAAAUAGAAAAGUUCCAGAUAUUCUUCUACGUAUUAAGAUGUUUCAUUUAAAUGAAUUAUAAAGAAAUUUAUAUGGAAAAGUAUUUAGCUGGACCUGACUUGGAUUGUUUUCAAGGCAGUUUCAAAACAUCGAUUAACACUAUAAUAAUCACAAAACAUUACAGUAAUUUGCAUUUAAUGUAAUAUCGAAGUAAUGGUGUAGGAACGACGUUCGGUCUGCUGGGCGCGACGCGUACAGGAAAGGCUUCUGAAACCGACAAUCUUGGGCUUUUUUGUAUCUCUUCACUUAAAAUACGUCUCGUUUCCUUGCUUGUCAUUUUUUGACACUUAGCAAAUCGGUUAAAAAACCAACAGUAGUGAAAUUCCUACCAAACCGUCAUUUGCAUCAUUUCCAUUGACUGAGGAGGCAGGAAUCCGGAGCAGAAGCCGCGGUCGGUGUUUUCCCCCGCGGGGCUGGUGGGUGUUGGGCACUACGGGCUGACGGUGCAGCCAGCGCAGGGACGUUCUCUGCUUCGGUGCAGAACGAAUCGAACGCUUGGAUUGACCCCAUGAAGGGUCCUGUUCGUGUUUCACGGAGCGUAACAUUCACUUGUGAGGGAGCGACCGGGUGCGAGGGGCUUGUUUGGAGCUGCAGGUGGCUGCUCCCACACCGUGCAAACCAAAGUACCUUUCCACGCGAGGUGCUUGCGCGAGUCAGAGGUCCGAAGCGCUUCUGCCGUCGGUAUUGUGAGUGCCCCUACCACGUCUGCUGUGCCUUAUGCCUUACUUUUAGAUGAAGAUUUUCUGAACUGUUUACAAGAUGUUUUACAGCAGGACCAGGUAUACUGUAUGCAGUGGUCUUCUGCAGUACUUUGGUAAAAUUCCAUUUCCUUUGUAAAAGUCCCGGCGUCUAUCCCGCAAACUGCCUCCUCCUUGCGGUGGUCUCCUUUCCAAGAGUCAAACUCGGAAUCCUCUGGAGUGAGAUUGUGGAAUGCUGCUUUGUUUUCUCUCCCAUUUAACUCUUUCUUUUGUACCAGAUAGGAACGUGCAUGUUCAGGAAAAUUAUUGCACUAAAUUUUUGUGUAGUUGUAGUUAAGUGCCAAAAUCACGGCAACCUCGAGAGAAGGAAUAGAAUUCUACGCUACUUAGUACUGCAGUAUGUCCUAUGGGCUUUAAGAGUUUAGAAGUUUUGCAAAUUAGUAACCUACUACAAGGUAGCUGCAUAUUCGUAGAGCUUCCUUUGCGUUCCAGCGUGUUUUGUACUUCCAGAAAAGCUUUGCUACGUCCGAAUUCGUCCGUGGUUAACAGACCGGCGACUCCUCCCGGGAGAGCUGAGUUUACCCGCAGGUCUGGUGGAGCGUCCUUUCCAUUGAAUCACUGUGCGAGCUCACGUUUCUGUUGGUGUUUGCUGUUUGAGACGGAACUCUGUACCCUCCAGCUCCGCAUCCUGGUUAACGGGACACUGUCGACUAUUUUUCCUUUAAUACUCUAAAGUGCCUAGCACACUUUUGACGCUAUAUAAGAAAAACCUUCUUGGAAGUUGCGUUCGUAGUUAUGUUUGUGUAGUGCUGCACUGGCCCCCGGGCCGGUCUUUGGCUUGCUCCGUCGUGCACAGUUACCAUUCCUCUUGGCAGGAAUGCUCUCAUCUCUGGGAAUUUUUUUUCCUUAACUAGAGUCCCACAAAUACCUUUUGGUGUCACGCUAAAUCGGUCUCUUAAAAAUGUAUCGCUUAUCCCUAGAUCAGUGCAUCUUAUACAAUUUGUCUUCAAACGACCGGAAGACUUUGUACCUGCUGUCAAAGUGGCCCCGAGCUGUCGGGGUCCCGGCGGAGCGGUUCCCUCUGCGGUCACAGAUCCUCUCGGUGCUGGCCCAGCUCUGUCUGUCUGUCUGUCCGUCCGGAGCUGCGCGGCGGGCUUGUCAGUCAAGGAAACGCCUUACGCCUCUGGGGCUGUUUCAGACAGGUACAUUUAAACUUCGCAAUUCUUCAAGCGCAUCUUAAUUUGGGAAAAGUCAUGUACUUUUGUCAGAUCUCAUAGAUUAAAAAAGAGCAAAAACCAAACCCAAACCACAACUGCGUAAUGGGCCGGAAUCCCGGUGCCACAGAGCGGGUGAAGGGCUGGACGUGUCCUCGCAGCCGGCACCGCAGCCCUGGAAAUGGUGUCGCUUCGGUUCCAUGUGCUGGUGACUGACGAGGAGGGAGCCCCCGACUCCUGCUUCCUCCAGGAUUCCCCAGACAGUUGCGUAUUAAAUACAUAUCAACGCUGUAAUUUUAAUUCCCUCGCUGAAUGCAGUCCCAGUUGGCGAAUCUUAGAAACGGCUCAAUCAGACUAGGCUUGCUCAGAGAUCGAUACGCUGUGAAUUUGCUGACACGUUGCAGGGUCCUGGGUGAUAAGGUACAACCGUCUGUAAUUAUAAACCAACCUUCAGGAGACCAGAGUAAAACAGCCCGAGACUUUUCUUUUGAUUUGAAACUCUCAGCCAUAGAGCAGAGCGUACGGAUGGCUCUGCUUGGCUUUUGAUGGCAGUAUGCAAUUUGUAUUGUAUGUGUCUUUUAAUAUAUAUGUAUAUAUCUAUGAACUCCGUCUGUCCAAAGUAUAUGUUAUACUUGUUUUUAGAUAAUGGUGCAACUGACUAUAUUGAUAUAUUAUUUAUUGAGUGCUGAAUCACCAUCUUAUUGGUGACGAAUCUUGCAUAUUAUACAGGAGUGCAAUGUAUAUUCCUUUAGAUUGCUGAGGCUUGAUUGCUGUGAUAACAAAAAAAAUGCCCCGAAAUGUAUUUAUGAAUGGCCCCAACAUACAGAGAGUCCGUACUUUAUGGAAAUAAUGUAGCUCUUGCCUGGGGCAAGUAAAAUAAAGCCGUAGGCAGAUAAUUAUGUAGCUUGCCAAAAUGGCAAACUACUGGAAAGAGAGAGACUACCUUUGCUGUAUUUAAUAUUGCAUUUGCCUGACGGGUGUUUGCUGUCACUGCAGUGUUUGUACUAAGGCAGACACAAGAGGGCCUGAGCAAGUCGAGUUUGAAUUGCCCAUUGGGGAGUAAACAACUUCCAAAUUCUUAGAUUUCCGACAAAUACUUUGGUCAGGGUUUAAAUGACUGCGCCUGGUGAACGGGUGUUACAGAAAGCGCUGUGUUUCCAAGGAACGCGGUGCAUUCCGUGCCCCGGCCGUACAACGGGGAGCCAGAGCUUCCGCCAGCCAACUCACUCACAUCCGGACCCGUCCUGGGAGACGCGUUUCCCCAGGUGGGAAAGUUCCGUGAACUCGAGCAAUCGGGGAAUCGUGAUGCGCAUCCAGCUCCGUGGCUUUCCGAGGACUCGGUCCCAGCGCCGCGGUGCCGUUUGCGACCAGCGGCGCCGGCAGUUCCGCUCGGCCGCUCCGUGGUGUCCAGCUCGCGGCGCGGUCCGUGCCCGCGUCCUGCUGACGUUGUGCCGAGUUUCACCCGAUGCGCCCUGCGGAGCAGGUGGAGAUGCUGGGUCACACUCAGAACUCGCCCGCGGUAUCUUGGCGUAAACGCUUCACCUCUUUUCAUUUCAGUGGUGCUCAGCGGCAGCGUGUCGGUUCCUGGGGUGACUGGUUGGGACGCAGCCGUCCCCGUCCUCGGUUUUAUACCUACCCUGACAGCCCGUGUGGUUUGUGCUCACCCCAGUGGUUUGUGCUCAGCGCCGUGGUUUGUGCUCAGCGCCGUGGUUUGUGCUCAGCGCCGUGGGUUGUGCUCAGCGCCGUGGGUUGUGCUCAGCGCUGUGGGUUGUGCUCACUCCAGUGGGUUGUGCUCACUCCAGUGGGUUGUGCUCAGCGCCGUGGGUUGUGCUCAGCGCCGUGGGUUGUGCUCACUCCAGUGGGUUGUGCUCAGCGCCGUGGGUUGUGCUCAGCGCCGUGGGUUGUGCUCGCGCCCGUGGGUUGUGCUCAGCGCCGUGGGUUGUGCUCGCGCCCGUGGGUUGUGCUCACCCCAGUGGGUUGUGCUCACCCCAGUGGGUUGUGCUCAGCGCCGUGGGUUGUGCUCAGCGCCGUGGGUUGUGCUCGCGCCCGUGGUUUAUGCUCACCCCAGUGGGUUGUGCUCAGCGCCGUGGGUUGUGCUCGUGCCCGUGGUUGCGCACAACGUCCCCAGCCCUCACGGACCGGGCGCGACUCUUGCAAGCACAGUUCCUGACAUUUGUAUCUGGUCCCCCUUUUAAAUUGUUUUAGGAAAUUUUGUAUAUGGAGGAUAAAGUGCUUAUAUAUUUAUUAAAAAUCCUUUAUCUUAUUUGAAAUUAUUAUUUGGUGCAGAAGGGUUUUUCUUUUGGGGGGGAGGUAACUUUUAACCCGUCACUUAUAAACGAAGCCCUUACUAGUCAAACAGAAGGUACUGUUAGUAACUAAUGGCAUGUCUCUGUUUCAUGCUUUGUACAUGACGAGUCCAUGUGUUACAUUUUGUUUCUAUCAAAAUAUUUAGGCAUCUGUCGUCAACCAAAACUUAAAAAACCACAAAACCCCCCUGUGAUUUUAUUUGUUGCAAUACAUUUGGAAUUUCAAAGGGUACUUUGGGGCUCAAAAUUAGGAUUUCUAAGUCAGUAUGUGCAUUUCACGUAAUAAAGCUGUUAAUGGUGAGCAAAGUAUUAUAUACUAACUAGAUUUUUUUCCACAUCUGUAUAGUAUAUUCUAUGUAUUUUGUGGUAUUGAGAUUAUAGAAAGUUUAGUGUCUGAAACAUGCGUUUAAUGUGUAUUUUUAAACAAAUUUAUGGCAAUUAAAAUAUUUGGAGAAAAGGGUAUCACAUUUCAAUUUGUAAAGAUCUUUUUAACUACUGUGUCAUUAAAAUGCUUUGUACAAUGCGAAACUGUAACUGGAGAAACUAAGUUUAAUAAAUAUCAAAUAGAUUUUCUGUAUUAAA